AUGGAAAACUUCUCAACUUCAAAGCUAUUCGGGUUAGCUCUAUUCGCAUCUCUUAGCUACCUGCCCUCUCAAGUCCAAGGCCAAGCAGCUCCGGUUGCACUGCUCAACACCAUCUACAACUCGUCCUUCGCUCUCACUCCCGAGCAGAUUUCCGCCGCAAACCUAUCCGACGAUCUCGUCUUCAGAGUCAACACGGUGAUAAACGCUGACCGAUCCGGUUUGGCCAACGGAGGACCUAGAGAGGACGACUUCUACACACUCCCUGCGAUACACAACUCCUCUCAGUUGAAACCUGGCGAGGUGCUCAAGAUCCAAGAAGCGGCGGACACGUUCCCGUUUGCCAUUUCCCCUGGAACAACCCUGAGCCGUAUCCUAUAUACAAGUGAAACUUUAAACGGCACCGUCGUCCCAGCAAGCGCAUAUGUCCUCUGGCCCUUUGCAUCUCGGCAAUUCCCCUCUGCGACCAAUGGCUCGUUCGCCCCCGUCAUCCUCUUUACGCACGGUACCUCGGGCUUCUUUGCCGAUGCAGCCCCUUCUGCAUAUCGCUCUCUGCAGUACGGAGAUAUGAUGCCAUUUUGGCUCGCGCAGGCCGGCUACAUAGUCGUAGCCCCUGAUUACGCAGGUCUGGGAGUGGGUCAGUCCUGGGACGGCUCAGAGAUCCCCCAUCAAUACUUUGUUGGGCCAUCAGGUGCGCGUGACGCAAUCUACAGUCUGCAGGCUGCUCGCACUGCGUUCAAGGGCCGCCUGGAUGGGAAAUUCGCCGUCAUGGGACACAGCCAGGGCGGAGGCGUGGCAUGGUCGACAGCCGAGUAUGUAGGCCAGCUCAAAAAGCAGGCCGGGUCCCUCGCCAAGGAACUCAGCGACACUAUCAAAGGCUACGUGGGCACGGUCGCCCUGGCGCCCGUCACCAAGGCCUGGGAGGUCGGGACAUUUGCUACCAUCAUGGCCGGCAUGCGCUUGGGCAGCAUCUUCCCUGACUUCUCGCUCGAUCAGUGGUUCACCCCGGCCGCCAUCGCGAGAAUUGACUUGAUACGGGAGAUCCAGGGAAGUUCCUCCGUUGCGCAGCAGCUAUUUCUCAACUCCCCUGCUAGCGAUUUCCUGAAGCCUGGGUGGUACAACGGGUCCUACCACGCACGCGCAUUCGAGGGAUUGGGGAAUGCCGGGGGGAGGGAUUUCGCUGGUCCGUUAAUGGUCGUUCAGGGGACUCAGGACGUUUUUAUCUCCCAUGAUAUUACCUCAGCCAGCGUCGAAGCGACCUGCCAGAUCAACCCAGACAACCACAUUACUUACGUGGUCGUGGACGGGUACGGCCACACGCCGCUUGUCGGAGCUACUCGACUGACCUACAUUCAGUGGCUGGAGGAUCGAUUCAGCGGCAAGGACGCCCAGAGCGGCUGUUCCCAGGUUGACCUGGAGGGGGUUGAAGGAUCAGCGCAAGCCGAGAACUCGUUCCCUCAGUGGACCUCUGGACUCGAGCACUCCUACCUAAACGUUGGGUCCGUCUAA